GGGAGCUUAUCUCCAAUGUGGUGUGCGUUUAUUACCUCCAGGACGAGGCCUGCGGUUAGGUUAGAUAUUUUCACUCCAUUUUUGUCGUUCUCCUCCGCUUCGAUGGCCACGGCGACUUCGUCUGCUACACCUUCCCUCGUAGGUGGAUCUCAUUUGAAGACACGUAGCCUGCAGUCCAACAAGUUGAAGAUGUUGGCACGCCAUCAAACUCAGUUGGCAGUUGGUCAGAACAAGCGAGUAAAUCAUCGUCAGAACUUUUCUAUCUGUGCUGAAUACAGUAAUAAUUCUAGAGGUGGAGGUGGUGAUUUUCUUGCUGGCUUGGUUUUAGGUGGAGCAGUGUUUGGAACACUAGCAUAUGUUUUUUCUCCACAGCUUAAUCACAAAGCCCAGUUUCUUCCACAGAUCAGAAGAUCAAUACUAAAUGAAGAUGAUGAAUAUGGCUUUCGCAAGGCGAAGCGGCCCAUAUAUUAUAAUGAUGGCCUUGAGAAAACUCGUCAAACACUGACUGAUAAGAUAAGCCAGCUGAAUUCUGCAAUUGACAAUGUUUCUUCACGGUUGAGGGGUUUAAGAGGUGGGAGUAACAUGGCAACAGAACCGGCUGAAGCUGAUUCAGAAGUAGAAGCAACAAUUGUAGAAUCUGCGGUUUAAUUCAUGAAGUCAUCUUUUAUUUUGUGUCUCCCCUCAUGCGGACUCUCUAUCAUGUGUUUUGACAAUAUAGACAUGCACUUGAGUACUUCUACAUGUUGCUUUCUUAGUACUUGGGUUUAUAAAUUUUGAAGCUGUUUUAAAGCCAUGACUUUUUUCUGCUAUACAAGAGCCAUUUCCUUUCUUUUAAA